GUCAGAAUGGCACACACAGCAAUUCUUGUGAUCUUUGUUGCAGCCAUAUUUUAUGGAGAAGCAGCACCCGUGGACAGUCACGGGGACGCCGACACCAAGUGCCCACUGAUGGUGAAGGUGCUGGACGCAGUGCGGGGGCUUCCAGCGGCCGGGGUGAAGCUGAGGGUCUUCAAGCAGGCCACGGGCAACUCCUGGACCGAAGUGACCACUGGGAUGACGGACCCAAAAGGGGAGGUCCACGGCCUCAUUGCGGAGCAGGACUUCACCGCAGGGGUGUACAAGGUGGAGUUCGACACCAAAGCUUACUGGAAGGCGGAGGGACGAGCGCUGUUCCAUGAAAUGGCGGAAGUGGUGUUCGAGGCGCACGCGGGCGGCCACCGUCACUACACCCUGGCGCUGUUGCUGAGCCCGUUCUCCUACACAGCCACCGCCGUGGUCAUGAACACACACGAGUGACACACCCCCUUCCCGUGUAGAGCUCAAAAAGCCAAUGUACGCAACAACUCAUGGAGUAAACCUGUCCUGCAAGUUGGCAAAGAAAAUUGCUUCAAAAUUGUCUAUUAAAAAGAAAAAAAAUGAUGUACACAAUUAUAUUUUGACACACUUGUGUCAUUUU